UGAUUAAUAAAACAGUCUUACUUAACAACUCAUUGCUGCUUUAGCAUAUUACUGCAUUUGUAUCAGAGAGGACAGGUUGCAUUUUAGGUAUACUGCGUCACAUUCAUCGCUCAAGGUGAAAAAGGGAAAUUGACAGACAGAAGCAUAUAUUAUUUAAACAAUAUUUUUCAUUGAGUAACUAUUUUCAAGAUGGGAAAAGAGUGCAAUGUAAUAGGAAUUCUUAUCCUUUUGCUGAACCUCACAGUAGCAGAAAAUGCAGAAACUGUUGACCUGAAAGGAACAGUUGCACAAGGUGAGGACACUAUCACUGUGGCUGCUGCAGCAAAGGACAACAAUAUCACCACACCAAUUGCCAAAGUUUCCACCACAAGGCCCAGUUUAACAAACAUGACACAGUCAAGUAUGCCAGACACAAUAACAAGUGUGACAAAUAUGACAGUGAGUGUGACUAAUACAACAGUGACAAGUGUAACAACCAUUUUACAAGACACUACACCUACAAAAAACAACAUCAAUGUAAACAUCUCUAUAAAGGUUCUUGACGACUGUCCUGAUUUGGCCAAAGAAGAUUGGACAAUUGUAUCAGAGACAAGACUGAACAAUAUGAUAAACAAAAUGUCAAGUCCAAAUUGUAAUGUAAAUACUAAGGAAUUAAAUUGGACAAAUUGUAAUCAUAACAAUGAACCAUCAUCAAUUAUCAAAAUUGAAGAGUUAUUGGAACUUAUUCAUAAAGGAAACCAGUUGUAUAAAACAUGUCGCACUGACUUUUGUUCUCGGAAUUAUAACCCAAUGUCAAAUCUCCAGGAGAUCAACCUACACAUUGAGCAGAAGGCCUUAAUGCUACAACAGGCAAUAACAGACUGUGGGGUAGACAGUUCCUUUGUGAAGAACACCACUAGGUUUGAUGAGUGUUAUAAUACAACAAGGGCCAUAUUGCCUCUUUCAGACUACAUGAAACUAAUAGGAAUGGGACAUAAGAAAUGUGUACAAGAACAAUGUAAAGCUCCAAAUAAUCCAUAUAGUCGGUUGAACAGUGAUAUCACAAAAGCACUCGUCAUCACGAAAGUUUAUGUAUUUAGCAUUAUCUGCUUUAUGGGAAUCAUAGGCAACAUUCUGUCUUUUAUGACAUUUUCUGCAAUGGAGAAACUAAACACCAGUAUCUUCAUAUUAAAGACACUGGCAAUCAUAGAUAGUAUACAUCUGCUUCUUAGGAUCUUAUCAGAACCGUAUUACGCUGCAUAUACAUACACUGAUUGGAUUGAGAAAUCUACAAAUAUUCAGAACCAAACUGUGGCUGAUACAUACAUGAAGGUGGUAAACUAUAUGAUCCCAUUAGUUGAGAUGGCUCAGAUGGCUAGUGCAUGGCUGGUAGUGUUCCUCACAUUGGACAGGUUCAUCGCUAUCUGUUUCCCAUUCAAGGCUCUCUCUUUGUGCACCAUGAAGAUGGCUAAAAUAGGCAUCAGCAUUGUCAUUAUUGGAUCCAUCCUUUACAUCGUCCCUGUAUAUUUUGGGUAUGUUUAUAAAUGGCAGCGCAAUGAGUGCACAAAGCUCUUCUUCAUUAACAUUAUCAUCAGCCUCCUCGGACAGAAUAUCUACUACAGAGUCUUAUAUGAACUAGCGUUAAAUCUUGUAUUUCGCAAUGUGCUCCCAGUUGGAUUGGUCCUGGGGAUGAAUGCACGACUUAUCAGUGAGUUGAGAGUCUCUCGUCAACAUCGUCAAAAUAUCACAUCAAGAACUGGCACAGAAUUAGAGAAAAAAGAUAAGAACAUCACGAUCACGCUGAUCACCAUCUCCAUAGUGUUCCUCAUCUGCAUCAUUCCUAUGGUGGCCUUGAAGGUUUGGGACAUUAUCAACUACAGCAUAUUUAAAAAAGAACUGGGAAAUUCUGGUAUACUGACAGCAUCAAAAUACACCGGAUCUUAUACAGGAUCCAUUAUAUAUGGCAUGGUGGUGGAUUUGUUACUUAUCAUCAACUCAGCCAUAAAUAUUCUUGUUUACUGCUUCGUGAGGAAAAAUUUUGCCAGAAAUUUGUGGAAAAUGUUCAAGUGCAAGCACCAGCGCAAAUUGACAGUAGGAGGCACACGGUUUACAGGCACAGGAUAUUCAAAAGGGUCUGGCUUGAAAGGGUCGGGUAAUAAGGCAGGACAACAAUCUAAGAACACAACUGCUUUGUAAAAAGUUGGGAGUUACAACCUAAGAACACGAUUGAUUUGUAAACAAGGCUUUAACAUACAAAAUGUCACCAUCUGUCAUUUGUUAAAGACGCUGAACCUUUGAGUUGAAUAUAUCAAUCUAAGAAGCGCAUAUCUACAGAGUCCAUAAUACGAGAGUAUACAGGACAUGAACAUUAUGUGCACUCCCAUUAUAUAUUUUACAUCUUCAGGUUCAUGGAAAAAUGAGGAGAAUGGGAAGUCAUAGACUUUCUCGUGUUAUACAGAAUAUAAAUUUCUUGCACUAAGCACAGGAAUGUUUCUAUUAGUUCUUGCUUUUACUCUCUCUCAAUUAGGAUUGGUGUCCAAUUGCCCAGGUUUGGA